CAUAGCUUGAUUAUUUUUCCCACCUAUCUGCCCCAGUUUUCAUAGCAACAUAGACAUGAAAGUGCACGGAUGCCUUGCAUUGGUGCCUCUUUUGACAUACAUUGCUGCAGGCGAUCCAUUGCAGACGCCACUGAAUCGACCGGAGCAGUUUCCUAGAGCUUAUACAACAUGGGCCAUUCUUGGUCCAUUCCCGACGGGAAUGAGGGAGCAGGAUUUCGGAGCUGAUCCUCUCGAGCCCUAUGGAGGGAUUCAUAACUUGACCUUUUCUACCUAUUCUCGAUAUCCUUCGGAAUUGGUGGACGGCGGUUCGGUUGGCUGGCAGUUACUUGAAACUCAGGGCACCACUGUCGGUCCACUUGAGUUUCCCUCCACUAGAUGGUCGUGGAACCAAUUGACAGCAGGAUGGUCUAUUAAUCAGUAUCAGGCUUGGGCCGUGACGACUUUCACAUUGGAUGAACCAGCGGCUUUCCGUGUUCAAUUUUAUUCUAUUGGGGAUUUUUAUGUUGACCACAUCAAAUACUCUGGCGAUUGGUACAAUUAUCAGACAACCGCGCAUGUUGUACGUCUAGCAGCUGGAGAGCAUACAAUCCGUGUGCGCGUCGUCAAUGAGAUUCGAAUUUUCGGUGGCUCUGUACCGCCUAAAAGCACCUUUCAAUACAUGUGGGAGCCCAUUCCCGACGAUAUACCAGCUGUAGCUAUAGAGCAGCAACUUAACAUACCAGACAUUGCAGACGGUCGCUUCACAGGUGACCUGUGCAGUAUCGGUGUUCAAAAUGUUCUGAAGGAGCAAGCAAUUCAGGUCACGGCUAUAUCGAUAGUGCAUAAGGACUCGGAUGUUGAAAUAACCGCAACGUUGCAACGGCAAAGCGCUAUGAAUAUCAUUAUGCCUGGCCAGAUUCGACAAAUACCCUUUUGCAUCCAUGCUGACGAACUCAUACCUGCAAAGACCCCCACUCUCCUUGGCGUCAUCGUAACCGUCACUUUCAACGGUGAAGAUCACCAGCUACAUAGAGCUGUGUUCCCGGUUGAGCACAAGAAUAUCGAACAGGAAGCAUUUAGAAUUACGUUCGAAGACCCUGAUGGGUCUGUGCAAUAUGCUAUGGUGAAGGCUCCCAAGGAACUGUCAUUUGAACCGAGCACACCACCGCCUAUCCUUGUGGCCCUACAUGGUGCAGGUGUAACAACUUCAUGGCCAUGGUGGACGAAUGCUCUGUCCAGGAGUGAAAAAGCAUGGACGGUCUUUCCGACUGGCAGAACGUCAUGGGGAUAUGAUUGGCACGGUGCCAGUAUGAUCAAUGUUUUCCAAGCUGUAGAUGAGUUAGUGCGCCAGGUACCCCAAAUUCUCUCGCAUAAGGGAGCUAUUGUUACAGGCGACCCGGAUAAAUUGGUCUAUAUUGGGCACAGCAAUGGCGGUCAAGGGGCUUGGUAUCUCGGAACUCACUACCCUGACAAAGCCAUUGCCAUUUUCGCUGCCGCUGGUUAUACCAAAAUUCAAGACUAUGUAUCCUAUGGCAAUUGGCUGAGCGUAUCCCAUUCAGACCCAUGGCUGCGAGGGGUGCUGGAAUCGUCCAUUGCCGAGUACAACAACGACUUGCACGCCUCCAAUUUGGCUGGCAUUCCGAUCCAUGCUCUGGUAGGCGGUGAUGAUGAUAAUGUACCACCACUGCAUACGAGGAAGUAUGGCCGACUGGCGAAUGAAUACGCACAUAAUCCCGAGUUUGUCAAAAUAUCGGAGUAUGCAGCACAUGGUCACUGGUGGGAUAAUAUUUUGGACAAUGAAGAAUUUCAAAGUUUUGUCGAGGAGCACGUUGAACAUCCUAGAGGUUUAAUGGAUGGAUUGGACUACUUCACCCUGACAGUUAUCAAUCCAUCCGGCACUGGAAGCAAAGGAGGCAUUACUGUGGAAGAGCUUUUGACACCGUACCAUCUGGGACGAAUCAAUGUGAAGGUUGAACGAGAGGGUAACGAAACGACGUUAUCCUUGAAGACCAGCAACAUCAAGCGAUUCAAGUUUGCCAAUGAUGCUUUGCAGAAUUUCAAUGGAGUUACCAUUCAUGUUGAUAAUCAAGAUGGUGUUUGGCGGAACAAUGUCGACGGAUAUAGCCAGGAUGUUGUCAUCGAGCAGAACGAGGAAAGCAAACAAUGGAAGAUGAAAUCGGGCCUUUUUAACUCCAUCGAACAUCCACAUGGGCCGCUGCACAGGAUAUACGAAACGGUUGCCCCGCUGACGAUUUUGGUUCCUUCUGAUUCAAACUUCUUGUACCAAAGUGCGCUACAAAUUAGCCACGACUGGAAUCUCUAUGGAAACGGCGACGCUGUUAUUCUGCACGCAGCUGAGAUCGAAGAACUACCCGACUCAAACUUGAUUUUCUUAGGGGGACCUGAGCAAAAUAACAUGACGGCACAGUUCCUUGCCUCCUGUGUUUCGGACAUUUAUAUAUCAUCCAACGAAAUUAAACGCCAUAUGGCUAUAGUCAUAGCCGGAAUCGAUGGUUCUGGAUUUUCAAGCGCCGCCCAACUCCUACCCAAACGAACAGGCAUGGUAGUGUCGGACUGGGUGGUUACUGGUCCACACAUGAAAUGGAAAGGCAUUGGGGGGAUCCAAGCAGCAGGGUACUUUAAUAAUGACUGGAAGGCUUUCGGGUAUUUCUAAAGGGAUAUGUCGAUAUUAUUAUUUACAUGGGUGUAAAAUGACCAUAAAGCGUAAAAUUGCACGGAUAAAGAUUUUUUUACAAAUGGGCUCGCGAGCAAAGCUGCGCCUGAAAAAGUGCAUUUUGGACGGCCACUAUGAGCCCAAAGAGAAGUUUCCAAACAAUGGCCAUUCUUCUGCAUCAUGGGUCAUGGAGUGAGCUU